GCCGCUGCUUAUACACAUACACCAAUCGACGAAAAACCCAUUUAUCGACGGUAUAUAUUUACCGAUGUGUGCAGUGCACGACGACACCGAAGCAGCCACCCACAAGCACACACGAGCGCGCGCGAUCCCACGCGCUGCCGCCUGCCACUUGUACUGCUGCUGCCGUUGACGUAUUUGUAAUAAAAAAAAAAUAUUAAUCGAGUCGGAGCCACGAGUACAUAGGUGCACGCGCAUAUAGGUACUGCGGCGCAAGAGAGAGAGAGCUUGGCGCGUUGCCUCGACUCGCCACUAUUUGAUAAUAAGAGAGAGAGAGAGGAAAAAGUGAGUCGAGCUAGCUGCUUUUGACGCCUAGCUGUGUGUUACAUAUUGUGUCGUCGUCGUCGUCGUCAUCGUCGUUGUGUGGCAGACGACGAGCCAUCAGUAGUCGCUCCGCGCGUGGAGGGAGCCAACGCACCGAGCACCGAGCAUAUGUGCCGCAUCGAGCCGACCAGCCAACGUGAUUAGAUUAUUACGCUUUUGCCCGGUGGAGAACGAGCGAAUCGUUCAGCAGCAGCAGCGGUGAGUUUAGCCGCUAAACGACGUUCGAGCCGACCCACACAGUCUCUCACUCGGCUCGGGGCCAGCCAAGCAGACGCCACCAAGCAGCCUCAGAAGCGCAGCGAGCUUUCGCAGCUCCCAUAUAUACACACAUAUACGCGCCACGCACACCGAGCCGGAAGUGAUCGUCUGCUGCUGCUACUACUGCGAGCGAGCGAGCUUUCUCGGGGUUCCCCUCCAGCCCUCUUGCUCUCCCCCCGCCACUUCCCCUCAAAGUUCCAUCGUCUCUCUGUUGGCUCACCGCAACCCUCGCUCUCCUCGCCGCCACCAACGACAGCAGCAGCAGCAGCAACCCAUAUAGUCGCUGCUGCGAUCGGAGCUUUUUUGCUGCCACUGCGCCACGACGACUCGCGGCAAUUGCGAUUGCAGCGAGCAUCGUUCGUUCGACGUGCCAGUGACGUUUCAACAGCGGCCAACAGUCAAGAGAGCAAAGGCUCCGUGUGUGUGUGCGCGCGCGCCUGUCUGCCUGGCUCCGUGAGUGCGAGUGUAAUCGUCGCUUGGUGCAUGCUCGUGACGAGACUCGGGAGCUUGCAAGCUGCUCUGCUGAUACCAGCGACGAUCGAGCUUGACGCGCCAGCACCACUGGCACGAUGCGGAGGCUCGCCGGCGGUUAGCCCUGACUGACGACCAAAUGUCGACCGAACCUCGCGACCAGUCUAUCUGCUCCAUCUCGCGCCUUUUUUCAUGAAAAAGAGCAACACAAAAAACACGCAACGAAAGAAAGAAAACCUUAUCUUAUCUCCGAGCGGCAGUUGGAGAGGUACGAGGUGAAAAUUACAGUCAUCGAGAGCGAGAGAAAGAGACAAGUUGUACGAGAGAGUGAGAGAGCCGCAUUCGGAGCACGCGAGUAUAGGCAUCGAUACGCGCAGAGUCGCAGAGGCAGCCAGUGAAACACCGACACAGAUCGGAGCAGCGCUCACACGUGCGUAUGCCAAGAAAUAUAUAGUCGAUAAUGAGGCUAAUAAUACGUGGGCCUAGCAUCCCUCGAUCGGAUAGUGCUGUGCGUGCGUGACAACAACGUCUCUUCGAAGUAGUUCAGCGUAGCGGAGUGCGGUGAUUGAUUCGAUUAUUCGCAGUGUGCCCAAGUGCUCGUUCAAGUGAGGAAAAUAUUUGUCCCGGCACACACACACACACGGCAUAUCGUCAAAGCUCGUCUCGCAUCUCUCGCGUUCUAGUUAUUGUUGUCUCUCGGUUGCUAUACCUACCUACUACUACUCGUGCUUUUUGCUGCAUUGGCAGCGACUGGCGGAGCGAGGCACACGAUAGCGCAUAUAAAUAGCCCUUCACCUGUGUGCGUGCAUCCAGCUCGAUCAGUGUCAAUAGUGACAACAGUGUGGUAUACCUGUGCGUGUGUGUGGUGAUCGACCGUGUGUAGCUCUGUGUGUCCAUUCGUGCGUUCGUUCGUUCGUGCGUGGGUGCAUCGGUGCAAUCGUGUCAAUCGAUACAAAGCCUAACGUAUACACGGAUUCGUAAAAGCUCUCCCCCGAUCGAGUCCGGACAUGACCGAUUACGCAGGAGCCACGAGCUUGUUCUCGCCCUCGGCCGCCAGCAGCUGCAGCCCCGUCUCGAUCCUCAACCAGGGCAUCAUGCAGGACGACCUGCUGAUCGACUCGAAGCCGCAGCAGCAGCAGCAGCAACAGUCGGUGCCCAAGUCGCCGGGCUCGGACUCGUCGGCCCCCGGCAGCAGCGGCACCGGCCCCGACAACGGCAAGGACGCCUCCAGCGACUGCGACGGUAUCGUCGUCGGGGCUGGCUCGAGCCUCGCGUCCUCCUCGGUCGCCUCGAUAGUCGACAAGGACGUCUCGCUGGGCAGCUGCUCGAGCCUCCAGGGCUUCGGCUCGGCCAGCCAGCAGGACUCGGGCGUCCGAGUACCGAACCUCUGGGCCGACGACGCCUCCGGACUGCACGCCGCAGCGGUGGCAGCCGCGGCCAACCUCCAGCAGCAGCAGCAGCCGGUCAACGGCAGCGGCAACGGGGCCAACUCCAUGGCCGCCUUCCAGAACUUCCCGAGCUCGAACAACCCGGCGGGUCUGUUCGCCGCGGCCUCGAACAGCGCCGGGGCCCGACGCGCCAUCACGGCCAGCCACAACUUCGCCCAGCAACAGGCCGUGGCCGCCGCUGCAGCCGCCGCAGCCGCAGCCGCUGCCGCCCAGUCGGUCAAUCACAGCGCGGGAAAUCGACACGCUGCCCUGCAACAGCAGCAACAGCAGCAGCAACAGCAGCAGCAACAGCAGUACAUGCAAAACAAGAACUACAGCGCCUGGUCCGGUGGAGGCGGAGCUCAGCAGUCGUCGGGUGGCGCUCAGCACUGGGGCCCUCAGAAUCCGGCCCAGUCGAGCCCGGCUCUGUCGCCCUGGAAUCGGGGCAAGUCCGUGCCGAAUCUGCCGCCUCUGCACUCGAAUCUGCACGCGGCGGCCGCGGCAGCCGCUGCGGCACAGGCUGCGGCCGGGAUGCAGGGCAGAAAGCCCAGUCCCACUUUUCCCGGUCAGCAGCAGCAACAGCACCAGCAGCAGCAGCAUCAGCAACAGCAGCAGCAACAGAGCAUCAGUCCGGUGAAAUUUCGACGCAGCACUUCGUAUCCGGGCAAGGGCAGCCUCUACCCCAUGCAAACGGCCCCGACGUUCGAGGUGACCUCGGCCGACGAGCGCGACUUGCUGCAGAUGUCGCCGUAUCAGCAGGAGCGCAUGGCGGCAAACGGCAACUCGCCGCUGGACAACAUGCGGACGCUCGAGCACUACUUGAGCGACAUCAUGAGAGCCGGAGCGGCCGAUACGCCGGAACAUCUCAAAGGAUUCAUCAAUUGCAAUAGCAACCCGACGCUGCAAUCGCUCGCACAGAUGCACGGUAUGUUUCCGCACAGUGCCAAUGUAUCUAAUCUUAAAAAUCGAAAAUCGCCGUUUUUCACGGGAUUAGUCGACGAUGGUCCGGGUGGUAACCUGCUGGAGGAGCCGGGCGUGCCGGGCGGCGGCGGUGGUGGCGGUGGCCAAUUAGACGGCGUCGUACCCGUAGGUGUUUUAGGCCAACCGGGUCAUCAUCAGGCACCUCUGUCGUCGCCCAGCCGCAGCAGCCCCCACAGUCAGGGCAGCGAGACUGGCGAGCGUUUUUCGCGCAAAGUUUUCGUCGGUGGACUCCCACCCGACAUUGCCGAGGAGGAAAUAACGUCGAGUUUUCAAUGCUUCGGUGCUCUGGUCGUCGAUUGGCCCCACAAAGCCGAGAGCAAAUCAUAUUUCCCACCAAAAGGAUAUGCUUUCCUACUUUUUCAGGAUGAAAGCUCAGUGCAACAGCUGAUCGAUGCCUGCAUUCAAGAUGAGGACAAACUUUAUUUAUGCGUCUCGUCGCCAACGAUCAAGGAUAAGCCCGUACAGAUCAGACCUUGGCGACUGUCCGAUGCCGAUUUCGUAUUGGACGCUUCGAUGCCGUUGGAUCCGCGUAAAACCGUCUUCGUCGGUGGUGUGCCGCGGCCAUUGAAGGCCGUUGAAUUGGCGAUGAUCAUGGACCGGCUGUACGGCGGUGUAUGCUACGCCGGCAUCGACACAGAUCCCGAAUUGAAGUAUCCAAAAGGUGCCGGCCGAGUGGCAUUCAGUAAUCAGCAGAGCUACAUCGCUGCUAUAUCCGCUAGAUUCGUUCAAUUGCAACACAGUGACAUCGAUAAAAGGGUUGAAGUUAAACCCUACGUGCUAGAUGAUCAGAUGUGCGACGAAUGUCAGGGUCAGCGCUGUGGUGGAAAAUUCGCUCCGUUUUUCUGCGCCAACGUUACUUGUUUACAGUACUAUUGUGAACAUUGCUGGGCAACGAUUCACUCGAGACCAGGUCGUGAGUUCCACAAACCUCUCGUAAAAGAGGGCGCCGAUCGACCUCGCGCGGUCCCCUUUCGCUGGUGUUAACCCCAGCCUCAGCCGCUGCAGCAAUCGCAAUCGACGCAGCAGCAGCCACACCACCACCAUCAUCAUCAACCGCACCAACAACAGCAGCAACAACAAUACAACCAUCACCAACUCCCACAGCAGCAUCAUCAGCAGCAGCAUCUUCAACGUCGCCGUCGGCUCUAAGAAGCCACCGCAGACGACAACCGAAGCGAAAUAUUAUAAUAAGCAAGAUAAAACCCCGUUUUACCAGAUAGGUAAAAAAUCAAUCAAGAUGAAAAGAAACAUUUUAUCCCGAGAAAUGAUAAAAGAUCGAGAACAUUACGGCGUGUGUGACCUUUCGUGUAUCGCGAGCUGCGCGUAAAGCCAACCUUUUCUCUGUACCGUAAAAAAUUAUCUCUAGAAUCUAAGGCUCUUUUAACUCUAAUCUAAAAGACGCUGUGAACGCGCAGUUACACAUACGCGCUCGAAGCCCAUACACGCGUACACAAUUCUAUUAUUAUGCAAAACAAAUAUAAUAAUAUACACACACGAACACACACUCACUCUCGUACACUGAUACACACUCUUAAAAAAAAGGAAAAAUAAAUACACGCUCACACGUAUAAGAUGAUUACCACGUAGGUAUUAAUUGUAAAAUGACGAAUGAUGAACGUUUAGAAGAGUCUGUGCGGAACGCGAAAAUCCGCACAUAUAUAUUUAUGAACGUUCUCUCUUGACAACUUAUAUGGACAGAGAGCUCUUUUGAACUAAGAAUGUCUUACUCUUGUUCGAAUAAUGUAGAGCUAUUCGAAAAUUUUUUCUAUGACAAAUCUAUAAACUAGAUUUACCUUCACAUAAAUGUUUGUCCGCUCUGAAAUACCAUUUUUUUCUUCAAAGAUUUUUGCUGAUUCGUUUUGUUAGCAAAUGAAUAUUUCUAUCUCAAAUUGUCGUCACUCGUGUUGUCGUAUUAUAUGUUUCGUAUAAAUACUUGCUCGACUAUUUUCUUAAUUGUAAAUGAACUUCGUAGAAUGAAUUUUUAUGAUUUCUUAUAUGCGUAGUGAACGAAGUUUGCAUCGGUUUGUUUCUUAUAUAAAAAAGUAUUUAACGAGUCCAAAAGCAAGAUAUGUACCUGAAAACCGCUAGUAGUUGUGCAGAGAAGCAACGUUUUUUAUAAUUGCUACUAUCUCGUUUUAACUUUUGACGAUGCUUCGUUUGCGAUCUUAGAUUUUUACCAAAAAUUAUUAUAAUUGUUAAUUGUAAGCAAAUUCUUUAUAUAUGAAAAUUGAGUAACUUGAUUAUUAAAUUUUUUUCUCGCGUUAACCAGAACUAAAUGGAAAAACAAUAAUUUGUGACUUUCAUUUAGAUAGCCUCAGUGCUCCAAUGAACUUUGUCCCUAACGUGCGAUUGCCAAUGAAUUUACUUUUUGCAUGUUUUGUAAAAAAUUAUGAUCUUAAUUAUAGAUUUUAUAAAGUCAUUUCUAAACGAAUAAUCUUAAAGCGUUGUAUUUGCGAUAUUUUCCAUUUAUAAAUUAAUGUUGUUUUUUAUUGUACAUUAUUUAUUAUGAUUGAGAGAUUAAAUAAAUGUUUUCAAAUUUUAUAUUAAAAUUAAAGAUAUUUUGCUAUAAUUUUUUUAUUCUUUCGAUUAAAAAGUGAUUUUGUCACAAUGAAGCAUGAUGCCAUUAAAUUAAUAACUUUUUAUAUCAUUGAAUAUAUUGCUCUUUGAACGCAUAUUUAACUAGUUUUUAUAAAUUUUGGUAUUGAUAAAUUUGUGUUAAGAAAAGGUUCAAUUCUUAUACAUAACAUUGUUAAAUAUCUAUAGUUUAAACUAUUCCAUUGAGGCUAAAUUUGCAUUUUUUAAAUAGAGACUCAUGGGUCAAUGAAAAAUAAUAUCGGAACAGUUAUCUUUUUCAAUCUAUCACGUUUUACAAAUAUGCACAUAAUUAAAAAAUUUCUUUUUGUAAACAAACUGUGCUGCCUAAAUAUUUAAAAAUACUAGUUUAAACUACCAAUAUAACUAAAUAUUGGAUAUCUCAAGGUUUUAUCAAAGCAUACACUGGAACAAUAAGUAUUUCGUGGUGUUUGUAAGCUACAACGAACUCAUUUUUAGAAAGGUACAUUAUGCGAAUUUUGGCAAAAAUCACAAUUAAAUCGUAGAGUCUUAUAAAUCAAGUCUUGAUUGUAAAAAAAUGCGAAACUCGAAGUAAGAAGGCCGACGAAGCAUUAACUAAGAACGAUAGAAUCAGCAAAAAACUUGAUCAAGAAAAAACAAAUGGAAACAUGAUAAUAUGAAUUAUGUAGGCAUAUUUAAUCGAGAGAAUCGAAAUAGUGCAAUGAGUAGCUCGCCCCUCUUCGUGUACAUAAUGUAGGAAAAAUGGAUUGAAUUAUAUAAUCUCGCCCUUUAAUUAAACAUUGCUAUAUCUGCCCGCGCGCAGGCAGCGCUUGAUCGAAAUAUUCUUUUUUUGUCUAUUAGACGAGAAAAAAUUGAAUAUAUAUACAAUACAGUCCCUUAAUUAGGCAUAUAUAAUGAAAAAAAAUUUACUGAAAAAUAAGAACUUUAAGUACGCAUUUACAUAUUUGCUGACACACUAAAACCCAUACAUACACGCGCUCACACACUGACCGACACUUUCUAAUCUCGUUGUAUAUAUUAGAAAAUAUAAACAAACACACGCAAUUUUAAUAAAAAUAAUUGAAAGAUUUUAACUCUUUUAAAACAAUUGCGUAGUUCAAAUUCAAGAGAGCGAGAAAAGUGUCGAGCCACAAUGUGUGCGCAUAGAUUCGGAAUAAAUACUAUGCUAUGAAAGAUA